GCCAUGUCCAAGUCUCUAUAAGACGCUUCUCUCUUAGUGUCCAUUGAACAUCGAGUGCUUACAGUGUGGAUUGUCAUUUCAGACAGGUGAUCAAGCUUUGAAUAACUCAGCAAGUCAUCCAGGAUUUGACCCGGCAAUAUGGGUGACUUUGGGUUCCUGUCCAAGCUGCUGGACAAGGUGGCGAUGCACUCCACCGUGGUGGGGAAGGUGUGGAUGAGCGUCCUCUUCCUGUUCCGCAUCAUGGUGCUGGGUGCCGGCGUGGAGAGCGUGUGGGGGGACGAGCACUCCAACCUGGUGUGCGAUUCCACGCGCAAGGGCUGCGAGAACGUCUGCUACGACUUGUGGUUCCCCAUCUCGCACGUGCGCUUCUGGGUGCUGCAGAUCAUCUUCGUGUCCACGCCCACGCUCCUGUACCUUGGCCACGCCGUGCACGUCAUUCACCGGGAGAAGAAGCUCCACGAGCAGGCCAAGAACGCCACCAGCGACUGCGUGCCGCUCAAGCGACCCAAGUACACGGACGAGCGAGGGCGCGUUCAGAUCAGGGGCGUGCUGCUGCGCAGCUACCUGGCCCAGCUCUUCUUCAAGAUCCUCCUGGAGGCCGCCUUCAUUGUGGGCCAGUACUACCUCUACGGCUUCUUCAUGACACCCAUGUUUAAGUGCAAGCGCUACCCGUGCGCGAAUACGGGUACAGUGGAGUGCUUCAUGUCGCGGCCCACGGAGAAGACCAUCUUCAUCAUCUUCCAGCUGGUGGUGGCCUGCGUUUCCCUGCUCCUCACCAUCCUGGAGGUGUUCUACCUCGUCUGCAAACAGCUGAAGCGCAAAAAUCGCGCCGUGGACCAGCCCAGCACCAGCAUUCCACUGACCUACCAGCCACGCUUGGACAUGGUGGACGCCCUGAAACAGAACAAAGCCAACAUGUCCUACAAUGGGGAAAAGUCCCUUUGAUUGAUAUCCAAGACUGCAGGUACAAUAGGUUUCAUUCUAAAACAGUAGCAUGAAAUGGCAGCAAGUGCUCCUCAGAAAACUCUUGUCCAUCUCUCUCUUCAGGAUAAUGUUUUUUUCAGAGACGUGUUGGUACUGACACACAUUUAACGAUGUAAUUAUCCAAAAAUGUUACCUCAUACAUCUUACUGCACCGGUACUCGCUCAUUUGUGUUACUUGGCACACUUUAUUAGGCACUAUCAUUAUUAGUUUCUUAUAGAUUUUCAUAUUAAUAUUGAGUUUGAAAUAUUACUAUAAAUCAAAGCCUGAUUUGAUUUAUGAUUUACUGAACACACCAGAUGUCCUCCAGUCAUGUAGUCCUUAUACUUGAAUUGUUAUCUGUUAUUCAUUAUUCCAUUUCUUACACUAUGGGGUUUGUCUCUGUGUGUACUUACAGUAUGUAUGUGUGUGUGUGUGUGUGUGUGUUUAUGUGUGUGUGUGUUUAUGUGUGUCUAUCUAUUUGUGUGUACAUGCUUCAAUUGCUACAUCAUUGUCUAUUUUGUAAAUAUUUGAAAUGUGAUUUGGGACAAUCUAUCCCUUUCAAUGUCACAGAAUAAAAUCAGGAACACGCGGGAA